UUGUGUCCUGCGUUUUCAUUAAUGAAACUAGCGGGCGCGUCGUGUUUUUCCUCAUUUUUAUUAUUAAGAGUUGAAUAGCUGAGGUUCUGUGGGCCACAUUCGAAUGACACGUUUCCCUAAAUCGUAUACAUGAGAAUAGACCUUUGCCUGAAUGUGCGGCGAGGCACCGGGAAGCCAGCAAACCGGCCUGUGCGGAGAGCUGACUGGCUGAUCGCUGGAUUUUUAUCUCCAGUGUUAAACUCAGCAAGAGGGGCAAUAAGUGUCUUUUUUUCCCAGUAAAGGAGGGUUUGUUAUACGUAAAAACCUUUCGAGUAGUGGGAUGGACGGCUGCCGGCUAGUGGUAGCACCUCAGCCAACGAAACUGAGAGGAAAUGUUAACAUAAAGCUGUCAAAUAGCUCUUAGCUCAAGUACAUCGGAGUUUCGGAGGACAAAGAAAAAUGGCUAACUGUCGUUUUGCCGCUGGAUGAUGUGCAUAACUGGAUGUUAAUUGCUGGCAAUUACCUGUAUAUUUGUCUUGAGGGGGUCUUCGGACACUUGGGUGACUUUAAUACCGCUAUAUUAAGGAUGACGUAACCGACAGCCGCAUCUCAUCGCCCAUAUUUACCUGUUUACUUAUCUCGCUCUAACCAGCUGUUGUCGGUCGGGUUUGACAGGCCGUGAUUUAUAUAUACCGGUUUAUCCAGAGCUACACAUAUUUUGCUCUGGUUUUAUGCCUUACUGACGGUAAUGAAGUGAUUUAACUUUUGUUUUUGAAAGUCUUAUGAAGACGUUAACGGUACUGUCGGGCUGUCUGCGUUAGUAGUGAUGUGUAUAGCGUCAGCUGUGGCUGCCUCUGGUAAUGAUGUGUGGCUUUUGCUGGAGACCCGUUAAAGAUUCCGUCCUGAACUGGGAUUAAUGCAGCUGGUCUGUGACGGGCAGACUAGAUGAUCCCUCCUCGGGAGAUGUGCACGUCCUGUAGAUGGGUGAGGGAGGUGGGGGUCUGAAAGUAAAAUAAAUUAUUCUCGUUCUCUCUGUGAACGUGAAUGCAAAUGCGGUUAAACGUGCCGUUUUAUUUGUGUGAGUGAAAGUAAAAGCAAAAAGAGAUGUAUAUGUCCAAGGACCAGUGCUGAUUAUGCCCUAUUUGCAUUACUGGGGAACAAAUGUAAAGAACGCUACAUUUUGAGGCACUAAAAAUGACGACAUCAUGGAGUGACCGUCUACAGAACUAUGCAGACCUUCCAGCCAACAUGGAUGGACUUGCUAUGAAGAAGUAUCGCCGAGAAGCCUACCACAGAGUGUUUGUAAACAGAAGUUUGGCAAUGGAGAAGAUCAAAUGCUUUGGUUUUGAUAUGGAUUAUACUUUAGCAGUAUAUAAGUCCCCGGAGUACGAAUCCCUGGGCUUCGAUCUGACUGUGGAGAGACUGGUCUCCAUCGGAUACCCUCAGGAACUCCUCAACUUUGUCUACGAUUCGACUUUCCCUACCAGGGGCCUGGUGUUUGAUACAAUGUAUGGGAACCUGUUGAAGGUGGAUGCCUAUGGGAACAUCCUGGUUUGUGUCCACGGCUUUAACUUCUUGCGGGGUCCUGACAUUCGAGAGCUGUACCCAAACAAGUUCAUCCAACGGGACGACACGGAACGCUUCUAUAUCCUCAAUACCCUCUUCAACCUGCCAGAGACCUACCUCUUUGCAUGCUUGGUAGACUUUUUUACCAACUGCGAUAGAUAUGCAAGCUGUGAAAAGGGUUUUAAGGACGGAGACCUCUUCAUGUCCUACAAGAGCAUGUUUCAGGAUGUCCGAGACGCUGUCGACUGGGUUCACUUCAAGGGAACUUUGAAGGAAAAAACUGUAGAAAACCUGGAGAAGUAUGUGGUAAAAGAUGGAAAGCUACCUCUUCUGCUGAGUCGCAUGAUUGAAGUCGGCAAAGUGUUCCUGGCCACUAACAGCGACUUUAAAUACACCGACAAAAUCAUGACAUACCUGUUCGAUUUUCCUCACGGGCCAAAGGUGGGUACGGCCCAUCGAUCCUGGCAGUCCUACUUCGACCUGAUCCUGGUGGACGCAAGGAAGCCGCUGUUCUUCGGCGAAGGGACCGUGCUCCGCCAGGUGGACACUACGACGGGCCGGCUGAAGAUCGGGACUUACACCGGGCCGCUGCAGCAUGGCAUCGUGUACUCUGGAGGGUCCUCAGACAUUGUGUGUGACCUACUGGGGGCAAAGGGCAAAGACAUCCUGUACAUCGGAGACCACAUAUUUGGGGACAUCCUGAAGUCCAAGAAGCGGCAGGGCUGGCGGACCUUCCUGGUGAUCCCCGAGCUGGCCCAGGAGCUCCACGUGUGGACCGACAAGAGCUCCAUAUUCGAGGAACUGCAGAGCUUGGACAUUUUCUUGGCAGAACUCUACAAGCAUCUGGACAGCAGCAGCAACGAGAGGCCGGACAUCAGCACGAUUCAGAGACGCAUAAAGAAAGUGACCCACGACAUGGACAUGUGCUACGGCAUGAUGGGAAGCCUCUUCCGCAGCGGCUCGCGGCAGACCCUCUUCGCAUCGCAGGUCAUGCGCUACGCUGACCUGUACGCGGCCUCCUUCAUCAACCUGCUCUACUACCCGUUCAGCUACCUCUUCCGGGCCGCCCACGUGCUGAUGCCCCAUGAAUCCACUGUGGAACACACCCACGUUGACGUCAACGACACAGAGUCGCCGCUGGCCACCCGCAACCGCCACUCCGUGGACUUCAAAGACUCCGACUGCAAGAGGAACCAGCUGACUCGCUCCAUCAGUGAGAUCAAGCCCCCGAACCUGUUCCCCCAGACGCCCCAGGAGAUCACGCACUGCCACGAUGAAGAUGACGACGAAGAGGAGGAGGAGGAGGAAGAAUAACCUGUCUGCCGCGGGCGCAGGUGUGAUUCCCUUUUUGUUUCUGUAAAGGAACCCCAUUGCAAAUCUGUAGUCUUGAAGCCGUACGAGGUCUUGUACGUACCAGGCGAACUUCGUACAUCAAAAUUUAUUUCCCCCAGCUUAUUGUCUGUGUAUCGAAAUGAGCCACGUUGUUUGGAGCCGAUGAAUUAGAUAGCCACAAAUGAAAAGUUAGUUUGUUUUUACCUAUUUUUAUUUGUUUUUUCCGUGAGUCUUGUUCUGACGAGUCACUUUUAUAAGACCAAACUCAUGUGCUUGCUUCAUUUUGAGGCUAAAGCUAUCCAUGCUGUAUUAUCCCGUCCAUCUCGGUGGAAACACUGACUUCUCCACACUAAGAUGCUGCCCCAGUCCCCCAGUUCUGUUUACGUUUGAGUCCACAACGUAUGCACGAAAAACCGCGAUGCAACGAUGAAAUGCACAGACUGCCCAAAGGCAGAGCUACUCUUUGCUCCCUGUCGCAGGGGGCUGGGAGAGCAGAGGCGAUCUUAGCCUUACUGAGGAUGUUCUGAAAUACAGAACGGUUUAGUCUUACGGUACCGUACAUCACAUGACUCUCAUGACUCAGUAAUACGAAUGCAGUUGAUCCAAUUUCCCUGUUGACACUGUGAGAGCUUGAUAUAAGAUCUGAGAUGAACACAGGAGCCCAGUAUGCCUGUAUGUGCGUUUGAUAUACAGGAUGUGUAUGAUCCAUUAUUUACGUCCCUUCUAAUGGAAAACCCAUGUAAUGUUAAUAACCUGACCUUUGUAACUUGUCACAGCGUAAUGAUUAUGCGUUGACUAACCUUGGUCGUGGUUCAAGGAGAAUAUCAAGUGAAAUUCUAGAGCAGACCACCAUGCAUAUUGGCCACGAUCCUGCUCAGUGCCUCAUUGUCUGAAUAAGUAUAAAUGGUUAUAGUGGAGACAGGCCUAUUUUGAGACAGUAUUCAGAACAAUAUUGUUUGCUGCAGUUUUCAAAUUCACCUGUACUAUUUUAAACAAUUUCCAGAAGUUAAAAACCUGCAGUAUUUGUAAGGAACAGUUUGUGCAAAAUAUUUUGAGUACAUGGAGUGUGUUUGUUUUCGUUGACUUUUUUGGGGAAUGCAGUUUGGUACAAAACCAGUAUUUUGUCACUGAGUAAACUGUGCAACCUCCUUGCAAGAGAACCAGCCCCUGCCCGUGCUGUUAGCACUACCACACAAUCUGAUGCUGUUUUCUAUGAGAAGUUAAUGCUGCACAAUGACUGAGCGACUGACCUGAGAUCUGAGCUUACCUCAUUCAGACACUAUACAGAUGGCACCGUGCUCCUGCCUACAGUGGCCGUCAUGGCAGCUCUCAGACCUCAGGGGGUCUUAUGGGAUGCAACUUCUGACCUGGAUGUCUGCGGGGUGCUGAGCGAACAGUGACCCAAUUUACAGGGUGACAAGGUUCUACAUGCAAUGUUAAAACUGACAGUGUUUUAUUGGCUGUCUGCUACGUUUGCCUUCGUUUAGUAGUUUUCCAGCUACUGGAAAGUCUGUGGAAGGGGGGCGGCAUUGACUGUGCAUCUUCUACUGGCAGAAUGGUGAUGGCCAGUGGGGAUUUUCGGGACAAGUAAGGAAAGAAAAUAUAUGAAAGUAAAUCAAUGGGAAACUGCUAAACCGGUGAAAAAUGAAUUGUUUUAGUUAUUAAAUGUAAAACCUUUGUAUGCAUUACAUACAAGCAUGUAUUUUAGAGGAAAAAACUGUAUUUGUACCAUGGAUGUAUUGCUGUAAGACAGUAGCAACUAGAGAACUAAUUUUGGUUAUUUUUUUAUUCUAAGCCUAGUCUGCAGAUUUCGGCUAGUACUGUAACCAGAACCGUACCCAUCCUUCAGACUGUGCUUAAGGGGAAUAUCCAGUACAGUAGGCUGGAUGGAUAAAGGCAUCGACAGGAGCAAAGUGAGAUUUGGAAGCUUUAGGUUACUUCGACAAAUUUAUAUGUAAUAGCAAUAGCAAGUUAUGAAGGUAGAUGAAUUCAUUCACAAACAGUAGAGAUGAUAAUGUGAAUGGCCAUAACCUUACAUUAGAAGUGGCACAGUAGCUCCAGUGCAUUUUUGUUUUUAUUUAGUUCUCCUGUUCUUCAUAAUUCAGUUCUGUGUGUAUAUAUAUUUAAUGUUCUUGCCAUAUUUUAGAAUGAACUUUGUUUUCUCUAUCCCUUUUUUAACUGUUACUAUUUUGAAGAAGUAUAUUGAAGUAAACAUUUCCUGGAACGUGGCUUAACACAGUGUAACGGUUUAAAGGUGUGCUGCAAUAUAUUGAUACAUUUUUGUUUGUUUCUUUGGGGAGUGCUUUCGUUUCUUCUGGCCAUAUCACACUGAGUGCCAAUUUUUCAUGCCAUUUUUAAAUUAAACUUUGUGUGUUUAGUUUAAAAGAAAUUUGUAUUUUGUUUCCAAACAUUUUCCAUAUACAAUAAAGCUGUUUAACCCUG